AUGGCCAUCCAGAGCAAAAUCACCGUCCACCCACUUCAGCCUCCCCAAGGCGCUGCCUACGACUUCGGCGCCGAAAUCCGCGGAGCAGAUCUCGAGAACCUCACCCAGACUGACUUUGAAGUCAUCCGGCGUGCUCUCUACGAGAACCAAGUCAUUCUCUUCAAGGCCCAGCAGAACUUAUCCCCCAAAGCGCAAUACGAACUCACCCGCCGCUUCGACCCUUCCGUGCAGGCCUACGGACAUGGAAAACGGCAGGAGCAAUCCAUCCUCCACCCUGACCUCAAGACAAUCCCACAUCAACCACAAGUCCAAGUCAUCGGCAACGGGCCCGUCGCGGAAUUCGAGGGCCUCAAGAACAUCACCCUCAAACACCCGCACCACAAGACCUUCCACAAAGACCCCAUCCCAGACUCCGAGGACCGGGAAGCCACGCGAUUCUACCGCUGGCACAUCGACGCCGCCCUCUACGACCUCAACCCACCCCGCGUGACCUCCCUCAUGGCCGUCUCCGUCCCCCAAACCUCAACCCAGACCCUCCGCUACGACGACGACUCCCACGACUCCCUCUCCCUCCCCCGCGGCAGCACCGUCUUCGUCUCCUCCUACAAGACCUACGACCUCCUCUCCCCGGCCGACCAGGCCUUCGUCCGCACCACCCGCGUCCAAUACGCCGCCCACCCGUACGUCUGGAUGUCGCGCGCCCGCUCGCGCCCGGACGGCCUCGGCCUGCUGUCGGAGAACCUCGAACUCCCCGCCUCCCAACUCCCGGAGCCCAUCGACGCGCUCAAGAUCAAAACCCUCCCCAUGUGCUGGCGCAACCCCGUCACGGGCCGCCUCGCGCUGCAGAUCCACCCGUCCGCCGUGCAGAAAUUGAUCCUGCAAGACGGCAGCACCAUUGACGAUCUGGAAGAGGUCCGCGCGAUUGUCCACCGCUUGCAACGCCCCGGGAUCGCGCCGGAAUUGGUGUUCGCCGUGGAUUGGGAAGCGGGCGAUCUGGCGCUGUUUAAUAACCAUGGCGUUCUGCAUUCCGUGACGGGGAGUUUUUUUCCCGAGGAAGUGAGGGUCUUUCGGCAGUGUAAUUUGGCUGCUAGUGA